AUGGCUGCCCUGGGGGACGAGGGGCUGGACGGCUACAUGUACCCGGCGUGCGCCCGCUACUCGUACCCGUUCCCCUACCCGCCCGCCGCGAAGGGCAAGGGCACGGCGGGCGGGGGCGGCUGGCGGCACCGGGGCGGGGGCUGCCCACCCGCCUCCUCCUCCUCGUCCUCCUCCUCUGUCGGGGCGGCCUCGUCCGCUCUCCCGGGCUACGGGCAGCUGACGGCCGCCGACUACUUCGACAGCUACCAGCGGGCGCAGCUCAUGGCCCUCCUGUCGCAGGUGAGCCCGGGCCUGGCCCCGCCGACGCGCAGGGCCAGCGGCCGCGACGUGGCCGUGCAGGUGAACCCGCGCCGCGACGCCUCGGUGCAGUGCUCGCUGGGGCGCCGCACGCUGCCGCGCAGGGCCCGCGACCCCGGCUCCCCCGCCGGCCCCGGCCCCGCAUCCCCGCAGCCGGCCCGCCGGGGCCCCGAGCAGGGCAGCCCUCCGAGCAGCGGCCCGCGGCCCGUGCGCUUCCCGCGCACCGUCGCCGUGUACUCGCCCGUGGCCUCCCGCCGCCUCACCACCCUCCUGGAAGGGGCCGGGACCGCGGUGGGAGAGCGAGGGCCGCCCCCUCCGAGGCCCCGAGGUCCCGAGGAGGAAGAGGUGUCGGCCAGGAAGGCGCCGCAACGGCCACAGUUGGAGGAGGAGGAGGACGAGGCCCAGGGCGCGGGGCUGCCGAGCUGGGAAGAGCCUGGCAACGGGCUGGGGCUGCCGCCGCGGGAGGCCCCGGGCGGGGAGGCGGCCCCAGGGCGCGCGCCGAGGAGCCUGGAGCAGCCCCCGCCGGGCGGAAGGGCCCAGGACGGCGCGGGCGAGAGGCUGUCACCACAGAGCCCCGAGCCGGCUAAGGAGCGCCUGCGCUUCCAGUUCCUAGAGCAGAAGUAUGGCUAUUACCACUGCAAGGACUGCAACGUCCGCUGGGAGAGUGCCUACGUGUGGUGUGUGCAGGGCACUAACAAGGUUUACUUCAAGCAGUUUUGCAGAACUUGUCAGAAGUCUUACAACCCUUACCGAGUGGAGGACAUCACUUGUCAAAGUUGUAAACAGACUAGAUGCUCCUGCCCAGUAAAGCUUCGCCACGUUGACCCUAAAAGGCCCCAUCGUCAAGAUUUGUGUGGGAGAUGCAAAGGCAAACGCCUGUCCUGUGACAGUACUUUCAGCUUCAAGUAUAUCAUUUAA